GUGGCCGAGGAGGGCUUCAGGUUUCCACCGCUCGCGAGGCAGUGGCGGGUGCCGGCUCCGCGGCAGGGCGGCGGGGUGGGAGACCAUGCGGAAAGCGGUGUUGGUCACCGGGGCGAGCAGCGGCGUUGGCCUCGCCCUCUGCAAGCGGCUGCUGGAGGAGGACCACGAGCUGCACCUGUGUCUGGCCUGCAGGAACAGGAGCAAAGCGGAAGCGGUCCGCGCGGCUCUGCUGGCCUCUCGCCCCCUCGCCGAGGUCAGCAUCGUGCAGGUGGAUGUCAGCGACCUGCAGUCGGUGUUCCGGGCUUCCGGGGAGCUCAAGCAAAGGUUUCAGAGAUUAGACUAUGUCUAUCUGAACGCUGGGAUCAUGCCCAACCCACAGCUAAAUAUCAAAGCGCUUUUCUCUGGCCUCUUUUCAAGAAAAGUGAUCCAUAUGUUCUCCACAGCUGAAGGAUUGCUGACCCAGGAAGAUAAGAUCACUGCCGACGGGCUCCAGGAGGUGUUUGAGACCAACGUCUUUGGCCACUUCAUCCUGAUUCAGGAACUGGCACCUCUCCUCUGUCACAGUGACAGUCCUUCCCAGCUUAUCUGGACAUCGUCUCGCAAUGCAAGGAAAUCGAAUUUCUGCCUCGAGGACAUCCAGCACAGCAGAGGCCAGGAGCCCUACAGCUCCUCCAAGUACGCGGUUGACCUGCUCAGCGUGGCUGUGAACAGGAACUUCAACUCGCGGGGUCUGUAUUCCAGUGUGGUGUGCCCGGGUACCAUGGUGACCAAUAUGACGUGUGGAAUUCUCCCUCCCUUUGUGUGGACACUGCUGAUGCCAAUCAUAUGGCUGCUUCGCUUUUUUGCAAAUGCUUUCACUUUGACACCGUACAAUGGAACAGAAGCCCUGAGAGAAGGAGUGCGAGCGGGGGAGGAGCAGAGAGAGGAGGGACAGAGGAUCCGAAGCAGGUUCCGUGCUGACAGCAGAGAGCCCGAUGUGGGGCUGGAACUCACGCACCGUGAGAUCGCGGCCUGAGCCAAAGUCGGAUGUUCAACCGACUGAGCCACUCAGGUGCCCCAGAGCGGAUAUAAAUUGCAGCUCACUGAUAGUGGAAACAAUCUCAACGGAAACGAUAGGCUAUAUAAAUCAUCAGCGUCCUGUUUUGGACUAAGGGGGACCAUAAGGCCGAGUGCAGAGUAUUAGGAGUGAAGUUUAAGUUUAGUAUCCACCGUAGCCCUGGACACCAUGGUUGUAGGGACAGCACGUCUGUGGAAGCAAAGUCCGCCAACAGCUAGAGAGCAGAGCAGCGGAAUACUACAGGGGCAGGCAGAGCAGGAUGGUCGCCGGGCCCUCGGUUCCAUGGAGAAGGUCAUCUUGCAGGCCAAGAGUACAGGCGACAUAGUCCGACUCCCGUUUCCUUAUACGAAGAUUCUCUUUCCCCUGUUUAAAUAUUAGAGAAUCGGUUUGUUGCUUUGUUAGAAAACCAGUGCGUUUCCUUAAAUCACACGUGACAAGUGGAUCCCGUGUGGCAGACAUGAUUAACUAUGGAAGUGCUGUCUCUGAGGGUUUGUCAACCCAGGGCCCAAGGGUGCCCUCUGCUAACGGAUCCGAAUUGUCACACGAGAUGAGGCUUAUCUGUCCUCUGUCACUGUAGUGCUUUUACUUAGCAGCCUCUUAAAUCUUGGCCGAGUUGAAAUUAACCAAGGAAAACAUGAAAGAAAUUGGUUGCCACUCUUGUUUUGGUAAACGUUGCAGAAAUGAAUGCAUUUAUUAUAGGGACAUAAAUUGAUUGUAGAAGCAAGUGCUUUUAAGCCACUUCUAAUGAGUCCUUAAUGUAUUUGCCAAAGCAUUAGAGACAAUGUGAUUACUCAUUCACAUCCCAGAUACUGAAAAUCAGGUGUGGCGGUCAGGUAUAUACUGAGCGUCGGCGGUGCGAGGAACACCUAGAAGACAAAACCUCCAGGUACUAAGGUGCUUAGAGUCGUAUCUGGAAAAAAAGAGAAUGUCGAAAAUAAAAGUAGGCGAGAAAAUAAGACAUUCUGUCAUCGGGUGGUAAGUCCUCAGACUAAUCACCGGGGAGUCAGUGGGAGCCGGGCUGGUUGAAGGAGACUCUGCUUCCUUGGUCCGGGCUCUGAGGGACAAGUUGGCUCUGGACAGGACAGCGUGACCCACGUCACAGCUUAAAGAAAUCUGUUGUGACCCUGCUGUUUUUUCCUAAGAUGUCGGUGGAUGAGUCAGUAUCCCCCUGACUGCCAUUUAGUGAUGGUUGUAGACGCUGGUGGAUGUGGCUGGAUGGGGAUUUGGGUACAGCGCACGCGCAGGAAGGAUCUCAGGUGAGAUUCACCUCCUUACGUGGGCUAAGCCGGAGCGGCCAGAAGCACAGUGGUUGAGGGCGUGGACUCUGGAAUUCCACGGAUUCUCUUCAGAUCCCACAUCUCCGGUUUCUGGCUGCGAACGCCGGGGCACAUGUUUUCAUUUGCUUUUAUCAUUAUCUGCAAAACAGGAAUUCCAGGCACGGACGAGAGGAAGCUUUACUAUAAAGGGUUUCGUGUGUUUCAGCGUUAACGAUUUCAAAGAAAACGGUCCUAAUGAAAACAGUAUAGUUCUGGCAGGUGCAUGGACAGGUCAGUGGAGUAGAAUAGGAAAUUCGGGACAGGCCCCCAGCACACAGGCAUCUAGUAUAUGACAACGAUGGCCUUCCAAAUUAGUGGGAGAGAGGGGUUAUUCUGGAAAUUGUGCCAAAAAAUAGAACAGGAUCUUCAUACUUCACACCCAAAUAAAGCUCUAGAUAAAUUCAAAGAUUUACAGACGACGGAGUUAAAAUAUAUAAUGACUGGAAGGAAAUAUGGGGGACGUUUCUAAAUCGUCUAAGAGUGUGGGGGCGUCCUUACUCCCAGGAACAGACUGAACAUUUUGAUUACAUAAAAGUAAUCAAAUUUUGUGUGA